AUGUCUUCUUCUAGCACAGCUACGUCUACUGACAAUGAUAAUAAUAAUAGUAACUCAUCAAAUUCUCCCGACUCCUCAAUGCAGUCUUCACCAGUGUUAUCUUCUUCAACAACAGAAGAUGUUACUACUAUAUUUGUAGUCGGAUUUCCUGAUGAUAUGCAAGAAAGAGAAUUUCAAAACAUGUUUAUUUUUUCAAAGGGCUUCGAAGCAGCUUCGUUAAAAUGGCAUUGUAAAGAGCAAACUGAUGAUCAAGAACUCUUCUAUAAUCCAUUUAAUAAUUUUAAUAACAAGAAACAAAUGAUAGGAUUUGCUAAAUUUCAUACUCGUCAGGAAGCAAUUGAUGCAGCAAAUGAAAUGAAUGGUAGAAAAGUAGAUAUAGAGAAGGGGUCUAUCUUAAAAGCUGAAAUGGCCAAAAAGAAUUUACAUAUUAAGCAUAAUUCUACUACAUCCUCUACAAAUGCAAAUAUUAGUAGCAAUAAUUUAUUAUUUUUGCCUGAUCAGACUACUACUACUACAAGUCCCCCAAUAACAACCCACUUUUUACGAAGAUUUAGUCAACCUCAAAUUCAACAGCCUGAUAUAUUAUCUUCCUUUCCUAAAACUGACACUUCUACCUAUCUAAAAUCAUUUUCUCCUCUUCCUAGCGAUCUAUUAUCUCCCGGAGAUUAUGAAAAUGACCCAUUUUUGUCUGAUCCACUUUUAACAGAACCUAAUACACCUUCUUUUAAUGAAUCCCUGUUUGGUUCUCGUUCACAACCAUUUGAUAUUCAAAGUAACAGAAACACAACAAUAGCAACUCAAAGUAAUCAUAAUAACACAGUUCAUCCAUAUAGUUUGUUUUCUGCUUCCUCAAGAUCACCUGAAACAUUAGAUGCUACCAGUUCAUUAGGUUAUCUUUCUAAAUCAACACCUGCAUUUUAUAAUAAUUACGAUUUUGCCUUUCCUUCUUUAAAUAAUGGGCUCCUUAAUGGAGAUGAAUUUAGUUUAUUAGGACGUAAGAAUUCAUUACAGCCGUCAUCUAAUACAAACAGUAUUUUGCCAACAUCAUUAUUUCGUAACAAUUCAGCGGACCAGAAUCCUCCAUGUAAUACACUCUAUGUUGGUAAUUUACCUCCAACUACGAGUGAAGAUGAGUUGCGUUCUUUAUUUUCUAGCUGUGAAGGUUAUAAGCGUAUGUGCUUCCGUCAAAAGCCUCAGGGACCCAUGUGCUUUGUAGAAUUUGAGGAUAUUGCCUACGCUACUCAAGCUAUAAAUCAACAUCAAGGUCAUAUCCUCUCUAAUUCUAUUAAAGGCGGUAUUCGACUUUCAUUUUCUAAAAAUCCUCUUUUUAUCAAACCUAAUAAGGAAAAUAUGGCUGUUACUAGUAAUGCAUUUAAUUUCAAACAAAUGGGCACCGCUUUGUUGACCGAACAAUAAUCUCAAACAAUCUUCCAUAACUUUAAAUCAUAUCUAUAUCUUGCAUAAUUUUAAUUAUUUUUUUUUUGUUCUAAAAAAGAAAAAAACAACAACUGUACAUUUCUUUAUAUCGUCUUGUAUCUUAUUAUCACACAUAUUUGUUAUAUAGCAUAUUAUUAUUUUACCUUUUCUUUUCUUUUAUCUUUAAUACC